AGAAAGGACUGCGUCUUGAACCUGGACUGAGAUAAGGCCUCGCCAUGACGUCACGGCUGGACCGUCUGUUCGUGCUGCUGGAGGCGGGCGCGGGCGCGGCAACACGGCGCGCAGCGGCGCGGCAACUAGGCGAGGUCCAGAAGGCACACCCCGAGGAGCUGCACCGGCUGCUCCACCGCCUGAUGAAGCAUCUCCGCUCGCCCGCCUGGGAGACCAGGGUCGCCGCCUCGCAGGCAGUGGAAGCGAUUCUGACGAACGUUCCACAAUGGCAUCCCCCGCCCUUCACCGGCAAGAAAGAGGAAAAACCCGAAUGCGACGGGCGGCUGCGAUGCGAGACGUUCGACAUCGAGAAGGUUCUCCGCCACGGCGCACACCUCAUGGGCUCGGAGGGCCACGAGUACGACCUGGACGAAGAGGCCCUUAAUGCCGCCGACAUAAACGAGCGUCUGUCGCGUCAGCGGCAGCAGCUGAACGCGCGCCUCGGCUUGGAGGUGGCGUCCAGCCUGGGCGUGGACCUGACCGCCGCGCUGUACACCAACGACGACCUCUGUCCCGCCAAGCCGCCGCCAGUCAAGGCUGAAGUCGUCAGGAGGCCAGUGCAAGAGCUAGUCCCAUCGUCGUCCAAGCCGCUCAGCUCCCGCGAGAUAAACCUAGCGAAGCGCAAGGCGCGACAAGCGGCGUUCUGCAAGCAGAAGUCGCGCGAGUGCGAGGAGUCGCCCGCGCCGCCCACGCCGCCGGCCGAGCCCGACCGGAAGAAGAUCAAGCUGGAAGUGGACGAGUUUAGCUUGGAGCAGUCGCUAGCAGUGCCGGACUGCUCGGGAGCGUGGGGUCCCAGCUCGAGCUGGCCGCUGGAGAGCUGGUGCGGCGCGCUGCAGGCCACGCUGUUCAGCGCGGCGUGGGAGGCGCGCCACGGCGCCGCGUCGGCGCUGCGCGAGCUGCUGCGCGCGCCGAUCGCCGCCUCGGCGGGGCAGGCGGCAGGCCACACGCCGCAGCAGAUGGAAGACGCCCACCAAGAAUGGCUGGAAGACAUGGCGCUGAGGUUGCUGUGCGUUUUGGCGUUGGACCGUUUCGGAGACUUUGUGUCAGAUCAGGUGGUGGCCCCGGUGCGCGAGACGUGCGCGCAGACGCUGGGCGUGGCGCUGGCGCAGCUGCGCGCGCCGCGCGUGCGCGCCGUGGCCGCGCUGCUGUCCGCGCUGGCCGCGCAGCAGCAGUGGGAGGCGCGCCACGGGGCGCUGCUCGGCUUCAAGUACCUGCUGGCCGCCAGACAGGAAGUGGCGUGCUGCAGCGGCGUGAUCGAGCACCUGAUAUCGGGGCUGAGCGACCCCGCCGAGGACGUGUCGGCCGUGGCGGCGGGCGCGCUGGCGCCGGCCGCGGCCGCGCUGGCCGCCCAACGCGCCGAGGGGCUGCCCACCGUCGUCGCCAGGCUGUGGCAGCUGCUGCACGACCAGGAUGACCUCGCCUCGCCUGCCAAUUCGUACAUGGCACUGUUGGCUUCUCUAAUGGCCAUGCCGCAAGCGGCCAAACUCCUGCACCCCAUCGACUUGGCCGACGUCCUACCGAGGCUUUGGCCGUAUUUGGACCACUCCACCAGCUCGGUCAGAAAAGCUUCCCUCCAAACACUGAGGACCCUCACGAGACCACUAGUCACUGAAGUUAAGGCUCCAGACUCGAAUGGAAAUGGCGAGGCCAGCAAUGGAGAGGUGAAACCAAUAAACGGCGUCCAAUAUUUAAUGUGGACCCCUGAACUACUACAAGAGGCUAUGAGACACGUUUACCAAAGAAUUUUGUUUGAGCACGUCGGUGAUAUACAGAUGAUUGCUGUUCAAGUUUGGGAGAAUCUCCUCCGAUACGCGCCGCUGGGAGUAGUGCUAGUUGCCGCCUGCCCGUUGCUGGCUACCUGGCUAUGCCUCGCCAUGCAGCCAGCUAGAUUACCUAUAGCACCUAACCUCUUACUUCAGCCGCCUCCUAAAGAAAAGCGGGCGCCAACUAAACCGAGCCAAUUAGGGGAGGGCCUGCCGCCUGAGGCGAGGCCCAAUCAGAAAUGGUUCCUAGGUGGAAGCGAAUCUCAACCUACCUGCGUUCGCGAUAAGAACGUGACUCGAGCGCGCUGCCUCGCAGCUGAGAUCCUCGGGUAUCUCUCCUGUUAUCUAGUACAACCGGCUCCCGGUAUAGAGUACAAACCUGAAGACGAAAGCCCUAUAGACUGCUUCGUAAAAGUGUUGUUAGUGCAUUUGAGGUCGUCGAGCGCGCUGCAGCGGCUAGUAGCAGGGCUAGUGGUCUCCGCGUGGGCGCGACGCUCCUUACACCACAAUCUCUUUCCCCCUCCGAUAUUCGGUGAAAAACGAGACGACGUCAUCGACGAUCCAAUAAGUCGACUAGCUCCGCCCCCGCUAACGAUAACUUUACACGCGUCUCUCAACCAAGCGCUAUACUACGAUGAAGUGGCUUUAAACUGCAACAGAAUACUUCAAGAAGCUAGAGAUUUACUGGCCAUGAUGAAGCACUACAAACUACCGGUAGACGGCGAAGAAUUCAACAACAUCCUCCGCCUCGAGCAAGUUAUUCACAUGACAACAGUCACAGAGCCUAUGGUGGCGUCUCUAAAAUUAAAACGGGUAGUUACGACCUUAGAGGAGCGUCGAAGGAAUCUCCAAACUGCCGUGAACCAAUGCGCGACAGAACAGACUAUUCUGAACAUUUCAGUGCAGGCAGCUUUAGCAGGGGCUUGUGCUAGCUUAAACUCGUUACCAGAGAAGUUGAAUCCAGUAGUAAGACCCCUAAUGGAGAGUAUAAAGAAGGAAAUGUGGGAGGAGCUUCAGGCGCAGUCGGCGGAGUCGCUGGCGGCGCUGGCGUCGCGCCUGGUGUGCCGCGAGCCGAGCCCUAACAACAAGAUACUGCACAACUUGAAGGCGUUUCUGAGAUGUGACCCUGAGUUUACGCCACACGUGUCCCUGGCCGAAAACACAGACGAGAACGGAGACUCUGGGAGCGGCGACAGCGGGGCGGAGGGGAAGGCGGAAAGAGCAUUGCAUGGACCCACAAUGGACUCGUACGUGGGUAUACUGACUCUAUGGGAGCAGCAGCGGUCGGCGGUGAAGGUGACUCCCCGCCGCGGCCGCCCGCCGCAGCACCACGCCGUGCCGGACGUGCCGCUCGACGUCCUGCACGACCGCGAGGACGAGAACCGGAAAAAGCUUCGUAUCCAGCGUAGAGGGGCGACGCUGGCUUUCACUAGUCUGACGAGAUACUUCGGCGACGAGCUGCCCGAGAAACUACCCAAACUAUGGGAGUUCAUCACGGAACCGUUCGCGAACGUCAUGAGUGACAGUGAGCUGGAAAGCGUGGACGUGGAAGCGUCCGAGGAGCUAAUCUCCCGCCUGCAAGUGUUCGAGGCCGUGUGCUCGUCGCUGGCGCCUGGCACCUGGGCGUCGGCGGCGCGCGGCGCGGCGGCGUGCGCGCGGCUGCUGCGGCACGCGCACACCGCCGUGCGGCACAUGGCGGCGCGCGCGCUCGCCGCCAUGGCGCGCCGCGACCCGCACGGAGUCAUGGCCACCGUCGUCAAACAUCUGGUGCCAGCCCUGAGUGACAUGAGCGCCGUCCGCGUCCGGUGCGGCAGCGCAGAGGGCCUGUCCAGGGUUGUCGAAGCGUUGCAACUGCAAGUGGUGCCAUACAUCGCGUUGCUCGUCAUACCUCUAUUAGGUCGUAUGAGCGACCACUGCGAAGCCGUCCGCGUGAUGUCCACCCGCUGUUUCGCUUCCCUCAUACAACUCAUGCCUCUCGACGGCGCCGCGCCCGAACCAGAGGGCUUAUCGCCAGAACUGCGGGAGAGGCGGCUUAGCGACAAGCGGUUCCUGGAUCAGCUGUUCAACCCACGGUCUAUUCAAGACUACAAAAUUCCAGUGCCCGUGGCAGCGGAACUCAGGAGCUACCAGCAGGCGGGCGUGAACUGGCUGCGGUUCCUGAACGAGUACCGGCUGCACGGCGUGCUGUGCGACGACAUGGGGCUGGGCAAGACGCUGCAGUCCAUCGUGGUGGUGGCGGCCUCGCACGCCGAGCGCCGGGACCCCGGCGCGCCCAGUCUCGUGGUCUGCCCGCCCACGCUCACAGGGCACUGGGUGUUCGAAGUGAACAAGUUCAUCUCCAGCAAGUACCUUAAGCCGCUGCAGUACGUGGGCCCGCCGGUGGAGCGCGAGCGGCUACGCGGCCACGUCAAGAACUUCAACCUGAUCGUCGCCUCCUACGAUAUCGUGCGGAAGGACAUCGACUUCUUCAGCGCCAUCAAGUGGAACUACUGUAUCCUGGAUGAGGGCCACGUGAUCAAGAACGGCAAAACCAAGGCGUUCAAAGCCAUAAAGCAACUAGUCGCUAAUCAUAGGUUAAUAUUGUCCGGAACACCCAUACAGAACAACGUGCUGGAGCUGUGGUCGCUAUUCGACUUCCUGAUGCCCGGCCUGCUCGGCACGGAGCGGCAGUUCACGGCGCGCUACUCUCGCCCCAUCCUGCUCGCGCGCGACGCCAAGGCCACGCCGCUGCAGCUCCAAGCGGGCGCACUCGCCUGCGAGGCUCUGCACCGACAGGUGCUCCCGUUCCUACUGCGGCGCGUAAAAGAAGACGUGCUAAAAGAACUCCCGCCGAAGAUCACCCAAGACUACUAUUGCGAGCUGUCACCUCUCCAGAGGCGCCUGUACGAGCAGUUCAGCAAGCACCUGCCGCCGCAGGUCACCCGCCAGCAACACGUGUUCCAGUUCCUCCACUACCUGCAGAACGUGUGCAACCACCCGAAGCUGGUGCUGACGCCGGAGCACCCCGAGUACAGCAAGGUGCAGCAGCAGCUGGCCGCGCAGCGCUCCAGCCUCGACGACAUCGACCACGCCGCCAAGCUGCCCGCUCUCAAGCAACUCCUCCUAGACUGCGGCAUCGGCGUGACUCCAGACGCCGGCGACACCGGCGCAGUGGUCUCCCAGCACCGCGCGCUCGUGUUCUGCCAGCUGAAGAAGAUGCUCGACAUCGUGGAGCGGGACCUGCUGCAGAAGCACCUCCCCUCCGUCACGUACCUGCGGCUGGACGGGUCCGUGCCGCCGCAGCAGCGCCACGCGCUCGUCACCAGGUUCAACAACGACGUGUCCAUCGACCUGCUGCUGCUGACCACCACGGUGGGCGGUCUGGGGCUGAACCUGACGGGCGCGGACACGGUGAUCUUCGUGGAGCACGACUGGAACCCCAUGAAGGACCUGCAGGCCAUGGACCGCGCGCACCGCAUCGGCCAGCGCCGCGUCGUCAACGUCUACCGCCUCGUCACCCGCGCCACGCUCGAGGAGAAGAUCAUGGGAUUACAAAAAUUCAAGCUCCAGACGGCGAACACGGUGAUCAGCAGCGAGAACGCGGCCAUCGAGACCAUGGGCACCGAGCAGCUGCUCGACCUGUUCCAGCCCUCCCCCCCCGCCCCCCACGCCGCCCACACCCCCUCCCCCGGGCCCUCGCUGGAGGCGCUGCCCGACCUGUGGGACGACCGCCAGUACGAGGAGGAGUAUGACAUGUCACACUUUAUUAGGGGACUCAACACGCUGAAGGAGUAA